AUGUUCCCCACCCUCGUCCGACUCUCAAAGGCGUCCCGACGCACCCUUACCGCGAAACGGGGAAACAAAGACUACUACAAGGGCACGCGCCAGGCGACUCUCCCGGGUGGACAUCGCACAGGCGCACCUGGAAAGCACGUCAUAGGCGGAAAGGCAAAAUACCGUCUGAUUGACGAGCAAGUGCGGUUCUUUGUCGCACCACCAUACGUUGCGGUCGGGUUCAGGUUGAAGGAUGUACAACAGGAGCCAUGA